GUUACGUCGUCGUCUUUAUCUCAGCUCCUUUUUCAGAGGAAAACAAAGCCAGUUAACAUUGGAAGUCGGUAAAUUAGCGAUAGAAAUUAGUGCCGUUACACGAAUUGUAACUACACACCUGACCAACGGAGCAACAUCUAUAGGCAGUGGCAAGCUCGAAGGUCCAUCGGCUCUCCUAAUGAUACAUCAGAAAUAAGGGUAAUUCCAUACUUCCUAAGGAUGGCUAGUUGUGGGGAGGUAGACCACUCUGUUAGCUCGCUUCCAUCCAGCAAGAAAGGCGGCGGCAGCAGCAGCGGUGGUGGUGGAAGUGGGAACAGUGCAGAAUCCUCAUGCUCUGGCUCCGGCAACCCAUCCCCAGCCCUGUCUGUACCAGAGUGUGCCAUCUGUCUGCAGAGCUGCGUCCACCCAGUCCAACUGCCAUGCCAUCACGUCUUCUGUUUCCUGUGUGUGAAGGGAGCAUCCUGGCAGAGCAAACGAUGUGCUCUCUGCAGACAGGAAGUACCGGAUGACUUCCUGGAAAGGCCUACACUUCUCUCUCCAGAGGAGCUAAAGGCAUCGGCCGGAGGUCGGGCCGGGGCUGCAAGUGAUCACGCCUGGUAUUAUGAGGGCCGUAACGGUUGGUGGCAGUAUGAUGAGCGAACCAGCCGUGAGCUGGAGGACGCUUUCUCCAAGGGCAAGAAAACGGCUGAAAUGCUGAUAGCUGGUUUUUUGUAUGUAGCCGACUUGGAGAACAUGGUGCAGUACAGGCGCAAUGAGCACGGCCGUAGACGCAAGAUGAAGAGGGACGUUUUGGAUAUCCCCAAGAAGGGAGUGGCGGGACUGCGUUUGGACACUGAGGUUGUUCCUGGGCCCAUUGGGGCAGCUGGUCGAGAGAACUCUGCUGACGGGGCUGAUACCACAGUAGCAGGUGUACAGCAGCCGGUUACAGGUAUCCCCUCUACUGUUACAGCCCCUGCCAGACCUCCCACCUCCCUUGGUGGUCAGCCUGACAGCAGCAGCAACAGCAUCAGCCCCACUCUGGAGGAUGCUCUCUCCCAACUGCAGAUCAGCCCCAGGCCCACACCUUCUCACGAGCGGUCUGAGCCUGGGGAAGGAGAGGAAGAAGAUGAGGAAGAGGAGGCCUCACCCUCCAGGUCCUCUGAGCCUCACACCUCCGUGGACGAGUCUGGCUCUGGCGACUGGAGCGACGAUGAGGAAGAGGAGGAUGAAGAAGAAGAAGGGGGAGAUGGAGAGCGUGUGGAGCCCUGGGAGGUUAGGCCACGUAGGCAAAGACUGAAUCCAGAGGACAGAGCCCCUCCUGGCGCAGAGUCCGCCUCUCCUCCUUCUUCAACCAGUAGCAGUGGAAGGUCCAGAAUGCCUGAUGGCCAGUGUACAGUGACUGAAGUGUGAUGUCAUCAAUGAUACCAUCAUCACCUAACGGCUAUGUUCCAUUUCUUUAAUUUAUUCCCCACUGUAUGCUGCGUUCAUUCUGUCACGGAUCGGAUGUAGGCGGAUUGCUCGGUAAAAGAGAAGUUAAGCAUAACAUACUCCAUGGUUUUAGGUAAACGACUCAGUUUUAGCUGUCAAAUUUGGUGCCUGUAUUUGGCUCAUAAUGAUCUGGAUGUAGCUGUAUGACUUGUUUGUCAGCCUCAC